CAUCAGAAGGUAUCAAAACAAAUGGGGUGGCUCAGAAAGGAACUCGCAGAAACUCAUCGAUGACAUUCUGGUGCUUUUAAGUCCAGGAAUACGCUCUUUACAAUGUCAAUUAACCCUGAAGACAAGUGCAAAUAGAAGCGCAUGGUCAUAAAUAACGCCGUCGACAUGAAGACUAACAAGUCUUACAAGCUGGUGGUCCACAAGAAAGGCUUCGGAGGGAGCGAUGAUGAGCUGAUGGUGAACCCCAAAGUGUUCCCUCAGGUGUCCAUAGGGGACAUUGUUGAGAUUGCACACCCCAAUGAUGAAUACAGCCCACUCUUGCUACAGGUGAAGAGCCUGAAAGAAGAUCUCCAGAAAGAGACCAUUAGUGUGGACCAGACGGUGGCGCAGGCUUUCAAACUCCGAGCCUACCAGGAUGUAUUUAUCAAUAUUGUGGAUCCCAAGGAUGUGACGCUGGACCUUGUAGAGCUGACAUUCAAGGAUCAAUACAUUGGACGAGGGGACAUGUGGCGGCUGAAGAAGAGCUUGGUGAGCACAUGCGCUUAUGUGACCCAGAAAGUCGAGUUUGCUGGGAUCAGGGCACAAGCCAGUGAACUGUGGGUAAAAGGAGAAAAGGUUACCUGUGGCUACAUCAGUGAAGACACCAGGGUGGUGUUUCGGUCUACCUCAGCAAUGGUCUACAUCUUCAUCCAGAUGAGCUGUGAAAUGUGGGACUUUGAUAUCUAUGGUGAUCUGUAUUUUGAGAAGGCAGUCAACGGAUUCCUGUCGGACCUUUUCGCCAAAUGGAAGGAGAAGAACUGCAGCCAUGAGGUGACAGUGGUGCUGUUCUCACGUACUUUUUACAAUGCCAAAACCAUCGAUGAAUUUCCAGAGAUACUUAGAGGCUCCAUCAGGCAGGACCAUGAGGGACGCUUCUAUGAGGAUUUUUACAGGGUUGUGGCACAGAACGAGAGGCGCGAGGAGUGGACCUCUCUGCUGGUGACCAUCAAGAAGCUCUUCAUUCAGUAUCCUGUGUUAGUGCGGCUGCAGGGAGCAGAUGGAUUUCCCAGUGGACAGAACUCCACUGCAGCUCAGGGGAAUUACCUGGAGGCCAUCAACCUCUCCUUCAAUGUGUUUGACAAACACUACAUCAACCGGAACUUCGACCGCACUGGGCAGAUGUCUGUGGUCAUCACACCCGGGGUAGGUGUGUUUGAGGUGGAUCGCCUGCUGAUGAUCCUCACCAAGCAGCGCAUGAUCGACAACGGUAUCGGGGUGGACCUGGUGUGCAUGGGGGAGCAGCCUCUCCACGCCGUUCCUCUCUUCAAGCUGCACAAUCGCACAGUGCCAGGAGACUCCAGGCUGGGCGAUGACUACAACCUGCCUCACUGGAUCAACCACAGCUUCUACACAUCCAAAAGCCAGAGCUCCUGCAACUGCUUCACUCCACGCAUCAAGCUGGCAGGCCGCAAGGUCCUUCCAGAAAAAUUCAAGAGCAACAAAGACCACACUCUAGGGGCCCCAAAGGACUCAGAGAACAGUCUGCCCAUUCAGGUGGACUACGAUGCCCAUGAUGCCCUGGUGUUUAGACUUCCAGGACCCUCUCGAGCUCAGAGGAGUACCAACUUCAGGGCGGUGCGGGACAGGGAGGUCAGCGGGCGGAAGAGCUGGGGGUCGGUGGACGUGAGCGGGGGAGGGGGCUGUGGGGGGUCUCCUCCCGCGCGCACCACAGGGCCCGAGGAGCAGCGCAGCCUGGCCUCGGACGACAGCCUGGGCAAAGUCUCCAACAUCCUGCUCAUCCCCCGCCUGCCCCCGGCCCAGUACGAGGUCAGCAGCUCCCUGGGCUACACCAGCACUAGAGAGUUACUGGAGAAGAUGAUGGAGUCUCAGCGGGACUCCAGUGCCCCAGGACGCUUCACCGUGGGAAGCGCAGAGUCCACCCUCCACGUGCGGCCCGGGGGCUACACCCCGCAGAGGGCCCUCAUCAACCCCUUCGCCCCCUCUCGCAUGCCCAUGAAGCUGACCUCCAACCGCAGGCGCUGGAUGCACACCUUCCCUGUGGGCCCGUCGGGGGAAGCCAUCCAGAUCCACCACCAGACCCGGCAGAACAUGGCUGAGCUGCAGGGCAGCGAGCAGCGAGACCCCGCCCACACCUCAGCCGAGCUGCUGGAGCUGGCCUAUCACGAGGCCACGGGCAGGAGGUCAGCGUCUCGUCAAGUGGGAGAGAGUGGGUUCUACACCAGCGCUGGGACCGAUGAGUUCACUGGCAGCCCGGGCAGUAGCAACAGCACUGGGACGCCUCUCAACCGUGGGUCCUCCUUUGAAGAUUCUUCCUCCAGCAGUCCGGACCCAACCCUCCUGCUGUCUGCUCCCCCGACAGUGCCCAGCUUCUGUUGCACAGUGGGGGUGGACUGGAAGUCCCUGACCACGCCGGCCUGCCUGCCCCUCACCACCGACUACUUUCCUGACCGACAAGCCCUGCAGAACGACUACACGGAGGGCUGCUAUGACCUGCUGCCCCACACCGACCUGGACAGGCGAGAUGACGAGGGCCCUGUGAUGACCGCGCCUCAGGUCUUCGAGGAGUUUAUCUGCCAGCGGUUGAUGCAGGGCUACCAGAUCAUCGUCCAGCCGAGCAACAGAAAGGCCCCGCCCACUGCAGCACCCCCGCUGAGCAGCAGCCCUCUCUACUCCAGAGGAUUGGUGUCUCGGCGUAGGCCUGAGGAGGAGGAGAGCCUGUACUGGCUCAGCAUGGGUCGCACCUUCCACAAGGUCUGCCUGAAGGACAAGAUCAUCACAGUCACCCGCUACCUGCCCAAGUAUCCCUAUGAGUCUGCCCAGAUCCAGUACAGCUACAGCCUGUGCCCGCCCCACUCAGACGCCCAGUUCAUUUCCUGCUGGGUGGAGUUCGGCCACGAGCGACUGGAGGAGUACAAGUGGAAUUACCUGGACCAGUAUAUCUGCUCUGCUGGCUCGGAGGAUUUCAGCCUCAUCGACUCUCUGAAGUUCUGGCGGACUCGCUUCCUGCUGCUGCCGGCCGGGGGGGCGCGGCGCGUGACGGAGGUGGAGGGACGCUGGGACGUGUACGGGGACGGGCCAGGGGCGGGACGCGAAGGUUUCGCAGGGGUGGGGGACUGGGCCCUGCUGGACGGCUUCAUUCGCUUCCUGGAGGGACUGAACCGCAUCCGCAGACGGCACCGCUCCGAUCGCAUCAUCCGGAAAGGAGCAGCGAUGAAGGGCCUGCAGGUAACGGGACCCCUCGCGGUGUAUCCCCCUGAGCCUACAGCACCCCCUCAAGGCAAGAAGGGCACUUCUGCUCUAUCAGCCCUGCUGGAGAUGGAGGCCAACCACAAGAGUUUGGAGGAGCAGCAGGCUGCACUUUUUGCUGGAAAGUCCACCAUGCCCUCCAAUGAAUCCACAGCCGUCAGCAUGACAACCUAUGUGGACAGCCCCCGCAAGGAUGCUGCCUUCUUUUUGGACUUUGUCCGUAGCCCCCGCUCGUCCUACAUCUAUCAUUCUCAGAUGGCAGUCGAUCAGGCAGUAGCCAAUCCUGUGGAGAGUGGGACGGCAGAAAGGGGGGCUGCUCAGGCAGGGGACCGAACUGCCACAGGGGCCAGUUCUGCAGCUCUGGCUGCUGGGGAGGCAGGGACAACACCUGGGGUUGCCACGGAGACCAGUGGACAGUCUGGUGCUGGGGGCUCAAGCCUGUCAUCCUCCUCCACUCUGAUGGAAAUUCUGGAGGCCAUCAAGCACCCCACGACGGGUGUGCAGCUCUUACCUGAACAGAAGGGGCUGACCCCUCACUGUUUCAUCAGCGCCGAGGUUGUCCAUUGGCUGGUUAGCAAUGUUGAGGGUGUGGCCACACAGGGGAUGGCCGUGGACAUCAUGCAGAAAAUGCUGGAGGAGGGCCUGAUAGCACAUGCAUCAGGGGAUGCAAUGCGUACCUUCGUCUACGGCUUCUAUUUCUACAGGAUUGUGCCUGAGAGAGACACUGAUAGGGGCCCAGCGAACCAGCUCCCCAGCGGAGCGGCCGGGGGCUGGUCGGCGGCCGCGCUGGAGGACUUCGCCCUGUUCCAGCGGAAGUGGUUCGAGGUGGCCUUCGUGCUGGAGGAGCGGCGCCCCUGUGACCUGCCCGCCUUCCUGCUGCCGUGGCUACCCAGCCGCCCGGCCUCGUACGCAAGUAGGCACAGCUCCUUCAGCCGCAGCUUCGGAGGACGCAGCCAGGCCGCAGCACUGCUAGCCGCCACUGUGCCGGAGCAGAAGACGGUCACCCUGGACGUGGACGUCAACAACCGCAGCGACCGCACCGAGUGGUGCAGCUGCUAUUACCACGGCAACUUCUCGCCCAACGCCGCCUUCGAGAUCAAGCUGCACUGGAUGGCCGUCACUGCGGCCGUGCUCUUUGAGAUGGUACAAGGCUGGCACAGGAAGGCCACGUCGUGCGGGUUCCUGCUGGUGCCGGUUCUGGAGGUGCCCUUCGCCCUGCCCUCCUAUCUGUACGGCGACCCGCUGCGGGCCCAGCUCUUCAUCCCGCUCAACAUUCAGUGUCUGCUGAGGGACGGCAGCGACAACCUGUUCGAGGGAUUUGAACCAGAGACAUACUGGGAUAGAAUGCAGCUUUUUCAGGAGGCCAUACUUUACAGGUUUGGUUUUGUUCAAGACAAGUUUUCAGCCUCUGCGUUCAAUUUCCCAUCAGAGAACAAGCCCCAGUACAUCCACGUAACAGGAACAGUUUUCCUGCAGCUGCCCUACUCCAAGCGGAAGUACUCCAGCGGCCAGCAGCGUCGUCGGCGCAACUCCACCACAUCAGCCAAUCAGAGCCUGUUCGGCACAGAGGAGCGGGUGGGCUACAACUGGGCCUACAACACCAUGCUCACCAAGGCGUGGCGGACGGGCGUCCUGGGGGACGAGAGGCUGGCCGACCGCCUGCUCCGGGACUUCACAGACUUCUGCGCCAACAAAGACAACCGACUGCUCAGCUUCUGGGAGAGCUGUGUGGAAAAGAUGAACGCUAGCGCCCCCUGAGGGGAACUGCGCCCCAACACACUUUCUGCUACAAACUAAGAGGUCAAGGACUAGGCUUUUUGAAU